CUGAGUGUGUGAAAGAAGGAGAGGGAGACGAGCAAGACUACGCCUCUCGCCCUCCCCUCCCUCCCAGGCUGCUGGCUCAGACGGCGGAGUGUAGCCAGGUCGCGGCGGCUGGAUGGAGGCUCAGGGAGAGACCAGCACCACCGAGUCAGAAAAAUGGCAGAAUUCCCCGAAGUUGUACGGAAGAAGCCCAGAUGUAGGUGGAAAGCCCCUGGGAGAGCCUGUCAGAGGCUUCCAGAACCUUCUGAAGUCCUCCAGCUCAGCUAGCCUCACAACAGAUGUAUCCCACUCCCACUGUGCAACAGAGGAGCAGGCCAGCACUCCAGGGCACCACACAGGUCACCUGUUGUCCAGUGAGAGGAGACAACCUCUCAGCAGUGUAUCAUCUCUUGAGGUGCACUUUGACCUGCUGGACCUGACGGAGCUCACAGACAUGUCUGACCAGGAGCUGGGGGAGGUCUUUGCUGAUUCAGACGAAGAGAACCAUAACGAAUCUCCAGCAAAUCCACAGCAUCCCCCGCUGGUUCGCUUCCCCCAUGCGGGCUACGUACGCUCUCCGUCCUGGACACGUGGGGGCCGGGCAGAGCAGCCCAAAGACAGGAAGCACCACAGCGACUCGGACAACACCGAACCUCUUCUGAAGAUGGAGCGAUCUCUGUCUCAGCAGCCCUGAUAAGUCGACGGCCGCGGGAACCCGUCCGCUGCAGGAGCGCGGCCGCCCGCCGCCCACUCACCAAGGGGCGCACACAGGGAGCUUCCACACCCCCAGAGCCCUGUCUGGGACUGAGAGAGAGAGAGAGAGAGAAAGAGAGAGAACCAGAAGGAGAGAGAGAGACAGAGUAUAUGUGAGAGGGAGAGAGAAAAAGAGAGACAUAGUAUGAAAGAGAGAGUGCUAGAUAGCGAAGAGGAAGUUAGAAGUAUAGAGGGAAUGGCAGGAGAAGUAGAGGAAUGUAGGAGAUAGAGAAAGAGGAGAGAAAGGAUUGAGUCCAGAAUGGGUUUUUCUUCAUCCAGUGAUUGUAAGCAAGUUUCACAUUUAAACAGUCGCUAAGGCCAUGUCCCGCAUGGAUCCCAACAUAUUAACUGUGGUCUGCAGAUUGCUGACACAUCAAGCAGCAUACUAACAAUCUCAUCCUUUAGCAGACCAGUCCGGUUUAAACCCAUAGAGGUGGUGGGCCAAUCAGCAACAGAGCCUUGUAAAACCAUCUCUGCCUUUGUGGGUGAGGGCAGUAUGGCCAGCAUAAGUCUUGGCAACAUCAUGACGUGCCCAUGGCCCUGCAAUUGGACAUGGCCUCAGCGCUGUCACUUCAUUAGUGCAGGGGCUUCAGUGCAGCGCAAUGCCCUACUGGACUAUGGGCCACACAAGCACCUUAUUAAAAGUGAGGUACAUAGAAUACUACUACCUUACCAUGACAGAAAUCCUGCCCGCUUGGCUGUACUGGUGGACCACAAUCAUGGCCUCUGGUCAUGGAAACACUACCAAGUCCUGUAAGAAAAUGUUAAAAUAUAGGUCGUUGACGUCUAAAGGAAAUUCACGUUCAUGUUCUUAAAGUAUAUAAAGGAUUGCCAAAUGAUAAGUGUGUAGCUUAUUCAGACCAUAUCUCCGUGAGAGGGUUCACCCCCUCAGUUUUGUGUGAAAUGGUCCGGUCCCUAGUAACGUGGUCAGUGUUUUUGUUUUUGUUGCUUAUGUAUGCAAAACAUAUCAUAAAUUGUACAGGGUAAAAGGAUAAUUAGAGUAAAACAGCGGCGAUUAUACAGUUUGUCGAGAUCUGCCAGGGAUAUUGAUGUCACAGGGGCAUCCUUGGGAGCACUGGAACAGCAUGCAUACAAAUGUCUCAGAGACUCUUCCAGGCAAGUGAGAAGAGGAAGACAGGCUGGGGACUAACACAGGACUUAAUAUGACUCAAAGACUCAAAUCAAAGGACAUGUAUGUGUCAAGAAAUCAAAGGACAUGUAUGUGAAAAGGCCUUUUCUGCUUUUGCCCCCGUUCAUGCCAGUGGCUUAUUCCACCUCUGCUACCUAGCUGCAUUUUAACAAGUAGGGCUGAAAAGCAAUCUUGUUCUCUUUCUUUCGCUCCUUUGGCUGCUAAUGAAAAGCAAGUUAGUCCUCUCCAUUACAGAGCUCUUUCGAAAGUGAUACAUACUGAUACACAACAUUAAGAAUGCAAUGUGAUGUCACAAGAGCUAAGGCAUCAUGCCUAAGAGCCAUCCCACCCUCCUCCAAUCAGGAGUCAUGUGAUUAGUAUGCUUUUUGUGUCACGAGUGAAAGUUCCUCUGACGGGUAUCCUACAGUAGAUGCACGUCACAUGUGGAGCACAGUAUACUAACUGUAAAAUGCCGAAGAGCUCAGUAAGGAGAUUUGAGGGGAGAAGGACUAGGCUGUAUCCUUCAUGCAGGGUCUAUGAGGAAUGUGUCUGAAUGCAAGAGCACAGGGGUUCACACCUGUCCUCAACCACAAUACAGCUGGGAGAAUAAAAGAGAGAGAUGGAAAGAGUUGCAUUUUACUAGAUAACUAUCUGUCUAUAAUAUCCAGUUAUAAUGAGGUGGAAAUAUCUAUAUACACAUAAACUCAUUUGAAUGGUACUUUGAAAUGUUUAUUUGUUCACCAAAUACUGGUAUGUGUUUUGUAUACAUCAACACCAUUUGUUUGCUUAAGCCGCCAGGCGGACCAUCUUGUUUGUGCUCCUAUGAUGAGGAAAUUUGACUUACAGGGAGGUUUUUCAGCAUUUCCUUGUAUAAAGCAAAUGUACACAUUAAACCAUCUAUGCAAACAUAUUUACAAAUGUUCAUUGAAUGUGAAGUUAUUAGGCAUCUUCAGUGGUGAUACUACAAAUGAUUUCCACAAUCAGAGAUAGAAGUGAAGUAUGCAGAUGUGUCAAAUAUUAAA